AUUGUUUUUAUUGCUUAUAUCCGCUAAAAAAGUCUCCCAAUUCCUUGGAAAGUCAGUGAGAUGCUACAUUGUAGUUCCCAAUAAUACUUUGGUUUAGAAAAGAGUGUUUUAGCAAACAUUUUUGCACGCGCAAAGGUGACCGAGGUAGCGCGCGCAACUUAAUUCGCGUCACAAUCACUUCGCUUCGAUUUUUAUUCCCGUAUGAAAAGAUAGGUUUCUCUGUAGAUAUCUUGAGAAAUUAAAAAAAUAUCUAACUAUGGCUUCAAAGAAGCUAGUUCCACUACGGUCCGUGUCGACAGAACCACAAGCUGUACCCAAUCAAGAUGUUGAAAAAGAUCGUCCUUUUAGUGUGGAGCCGAUUCCACUUCAAGAAGAAACGCAUAGGCAGCUAAGAGCCGAUGUGAAGAUCGCUUCCAGUGCCAAAGUAAGUGCUUGGCUUGACACAUUGUCCAGUGAUGUGCAGGAUGACGACGACGACUCGCAGGGACCUCGAGAUGCAGUCGACAUCACAGCUGCCAGGCGCUCUUCGUUACACUUGGAACCAAUCACCGGAAGCCAUCUAGAAGGUCAAGGUGACGGAGAAACUUUGGAGCAGCUACGAGGAAAGCCAAUCCCACCAAUUACUUCCUCGAAAUCAGUAGAUACUGGAAAUGAUGUAACGAGUGAGCAGGACAAAGCCGAAUCUGAAAAUUCGAUCAGCUGUGCAGAGGAUAUUCAUUCCUCACGUGCCACYAUCGAUAGUGAGACAAGUUCUGCCGGCAUCGUGAGCAGUCCAACAAAUGGAGAAAGUUCAUCUCCAAAAGGAAAUGAAGUAGACGUAGACRAGGGCRACGWAGAACCUCAUUUGAAUCAGUUCAAAAAAGACGUUAUAAUCAAAGUCAAAGAAGCUAGUCAACCAACUGACAACACAAUGACGGCAAAACAAGCUGAGAUCGUGAGCAAGCUUUUUCGACGCAAAUCAAGCAGCGUGAACCCUGAACAAAGCAAAGGUGUAGAUCAGAAUAAGCUGUCAUUUGGCGGCGUAGCCAGCACAUUGCUUCAAUGGAAACUGAACAAAGCUCGUGCAGUGAAACGAAGAUCGCAAAGCAUAGCAAUAGAUGCCAGACACUUUGCGUUGAUGGGUGCUAUUGCCGAUAAAGUCAAGACAGAGUUACCGCAAUCGUUGAUUCAGAGUUUGAAGGAGGAGGCCCAACCGAUUUUAGUCCAGACAGUACAAGCGUACAAGAGGGAAAUUGGAAAAUCGCAUAGACUUACCAUCCAAGCACAAAAGCGACUUGAUGAACUGAAUGACGAAUUGCGGGAGAUUAAAUAAUUAUUUUUGCAUUUUCUUAUUAUUAUAUUUUUCAACAUGAAAUUCAAAGUAUAAUUUUUAAUGCGCAUUCAAUAAUUAGUGGUUGAUAAGGGUAAUGAUAAUUGGCUGUUGUUGCAUUUUGCUCUUGWAUACAAAAUCGUAAUGAUGAUGUUCUAUUUGCAAGAACGUUAAAAUAAAAUGGCAGAUGACAUAAAGUUGAAAA